AAAAGCAAAAUAAUUCAGGACCCUCCCUUUUUCUUUAUUUUAUUAUCUUUUCUAGAUUUCAAUGUACGACUUAUAUUAUUUUUUCAUCAACUUGUUAACCUUUUUGUUCUAUAAAUUCACUGCUUCAAACUCAUUCACUCCUCUUCCACUUUCCUCUUCUUUCUCUCUUUUAAGAUAUUUUCUUUCUUUUGUUUAGCUUUUGGAUUUUCCCUUUCAAACCUCUGUUUCUCUGUUUUUCCUCUGUUUUCUCUUUCAAGCUUCAAAAUCUUAAAUGCUUAACAUAUUGUUAUUGAUGUUUGAGAUUCAUGAAUCAAAUUCUGAGUGAAAUUUACCUUUCUGGUUGUAUGAUCAAUUCUACUGUUAGGCGCAGGACUCAUUUAGUUCAAUCUUUCUCUGUUGUUUUCCUUUACUGGCUUUACUACGUUUCAUGAUUUCUAUUUUCUAAUCACUUAUAUUACUAUUAAUUUUCAUUUUUCUGCAAUUUUUUUUCUUUUUUCUUCUUAGUUUUUGGGUCCUGUGUCCAGUUUGUUUACUCUGUUUUGUGUUCUGUUUUCUCUGUUCUGUGCUCUGUUUUUUUGUUCUGUUUUCUCUGUUUUGUGUUCUGUUUCCUCUGUUCUGUGUUCUGUUUCUGCAACUAAACUCUCUCUAUUUCACAUGGCUUCUUCAAGUGGUACAUCUUCAGGCUAUUCUACACUACCAAACUCAGGUUCAGAGGAAGAUUUGAUGCUUCUAAUGGAUCAAAGAAAAAGAAAGAGAAUGAUAUCAAACCGCGAAUCGGCAAGAAGAUCUCGAUUAAGGAAACAAAAACACUUAGAUGAUCUUGCUGUUCAAGUGAGUCAGCUAAGAAAUGAGAAUCAGCAGAUUCUAACUUCUGUUAACCUCACAACACAAAGAUUCUUGGCUGUUGAAUCUGAAAACUCUGUUCUUAGAGCUCAACUGAGUGAACUCAACAACAGAUUUGAGUCAUUGAAUGAGAUUAUCAACUUCAUGAAUGUUACAAAUGGUGUUUUUGAACCUGUUGUUGAUAAUAAUAACAAUUACUUCAAUAACCCUUUGAAUAUGGCUUAUUUGAAUCAACCAAUCAUGGCUUCUGCAGACAUGAACAUGGUGCAUUAUUGAUAUUAGAUCUAUCGGGAUUAUGCCUGCUCUACUGCCUGUCUUGCUACCCUUCCGUGGACGCAAAACUUGCACUAUGCACAGAGUCAUUAAUGGAAAAAAAGAAAGAUAUGAGAUCUAUUGGGUUUUGAAGUUUGGUUGUAUUGAAUCUGUUGUUGGUGGAAAAAUCAUGAUUAGUGAAGAUUAUUGCCACAUAGAGAGAGAUAUUAAGGAAUAAUGAUGAAUGUGUGUACUAUUAGUAGUAGUAAUGUAUCAUAAAGAGGGUAAAGCUUGUUAGGUGCUGUUUCUAUUAAUAACCCUUUGUAGUGUUCACACUUCAUAUAUCACUAUAUUAAGGUUGUAUUUUUAUGAUUGAGUCACUAUUGUUGUUGUUAACUUGCUUCUUAUAAUAAUAUAAUAUAAUCAUAUUAAUAUUGA